GUUCACUUUGCACAAAUCUAAUCGAGCUUGUUCUGUUGCUACACCUCAUGCGAUGGCAGCAAAACAAGUCGUGUGCUUGUAAAAUCGGUUAUGCCCAUGUUACGCGCCAAUAAGAGAGUGGCAAUUGCGCAGCUGCGAACAUGGAGUCCUACACCAAGAGCCUUCUCAUCGACCGAAGCUCAGAGAGCCAUAGCUGCAACAUUCUCACUUGAUGAAGUAGAAUCGGCACGAAGAUACUGCGCGAAUCUUGUUCGGAAGUACGACUCUCCAGCCUUCACCUUCCAAACUUUCCUUCCGCCUUCGUCCUUAGACGCCUACAUAUCCCUCCGCGCUUUCAAUAUCGAUAUUGCGCGCGUCGCAGAUGCAACCUCCUCCGCGACAGUCGGUACAUUGCGCAUGCAAUUCUGGCGCGACACAAUCACAAAAUCCCUCUCCGGCACGCCUCCGAAAGAGCCCAUCGCAAUUCUCCUCGCAGUCGCCGCUGACGCCCUGCAAGCAAGGUCCAAUUGCACGACGCGAUGGAGUAAGAGUUGGUUCCACCGCAUCAUCGAUACACGUGCAGCACAUCUCUCCAACCCGCCUUUUCCGAGUCUUGAAGCGGUGGAGACGUAUGCCGAGAACACAUAUUCCACCCUCCUUUACCUAAACCUCCAAUCACUCGGCCUCGCUUCCCUCACCGCGGACCACCUGGCAUCACAUAUCGGGAAAGCAACAGGCAUAACAACCCUGCUCCGAGGUCUCCCGCUCAUUGCAUUUCCGCCACCGCCAAAUAAACACAACCCGUCCGCGUUGAACCCUCAAUUAGAAGCGCAUCGGCAAGGUGCCGUCCUUCUUCCACUCGACAUCAUGGCAUCCACUGGUGUUGUCGAAGAGCAAGUGUUCCGCGAAGGCGCAGGUGCACCGGGGUUACGGGACGCGGUGUUUGAGGUCGCGACGCGCGCCAACGAUCAUCUGAUCACGGCGCGGGAGAUGUUAAAGAAUGUGCGUGCUGGGGCUGAUGUUGGGCAUGAAUUUGAGCAUCAAGGGGAUGCGGAGAGGGCUGAUUACGCACAAGUGGAAAGUGGAACACAAAAGCAAUUGCAGGAGAUAGAUCGGGGUUUUGGAGUGCUAAUGCAGGCGGUGUCGACACAGAUGUGGCUGGAUAGGCUGCAGAAGGUGGACUUUAAUGUGUUUGAUGAGAGUCUGAGGACCACGGACUGGCGGCUGCCGUGGAAGGCGUAUUGGGUACAUAAAAGGCGAAGGCUUUGAGGGCUUGACUGUACACUAUGCCAAAGUUGUACCAUAUCACAUGUAUAACAAAUGUAAUGAUUCGAUAU